GAUGCAACGUUUUUGGGCAGCGUGACGUCCCAGCAGAUUUGGGACCAGUUUUGGCAGUCUCAGCAGGCCUUUCGCAUACUUGUGCAGUCCGGUCAGAUGGUCAGCUCGUAUGCUUUGGACACAACGAUUAUGGACAGUGUGACGUGCCAGCAGAUUUGGGACCAGUUUUGGCAGUCUCAGGGGGCGAUUUUUAUACUUGUGCAAUUCGGGCAGAUGGUCAGCUCGUAUGCUUUGGACGCGAUGGUGAUGGGCCGAGUGACGUGCCAGCAGAUUUGGGACCAGUUUUGGCAGUCGCAGCGGGCGGUUUGCAUACUUGUGCAAUUCGGGCAGAUGGCCAGCUCGUCUGCUUUGAAUACCAGAGCAGGGGUGGGUGGAGUGACGCGCCAGCAGACUUGGGACCUGUUUUGGCAGUGGCAGCAGGCAGUCUUCAUACUUGUGCAGUGCGGUCAGAUGGUCAGCUCGUAUGCUUUGGACACAACGAUUAUGGACGGUGUGACGUGCCAGCAGAUUUGGGACCAGUUUUGGCAGUCUCAGGGGGCGAUUUUUAUACUUGUGCAGUGCGGUCAGAUGGUCAGCUCGUCUGCUUUGGACGAAACGACUAUGGACAGUGUGACGUGCCAGCAGAUUUGGGACCAGUUUUGGCGAUCUCAGCGGGCGAUAAUCAUGUUUGUGCAGUGCGAGCAGAUGGUCAGCUCGUAUGCUUUGGACGCAAUGAUGAUGGACAGUGUUACGUGCCAGAAAAUUUGGCACCAGUUUAGCGGGUCAUUGUCAUACCUGUGCUACGCGGAGGGGACAGAUGGUCAGCUUGUCUGCUUUGGAGACAACUUUUAA